CAGUACACGUAAUGAACACUGAUUCACUAAAACUGAACCAUCAUCUUGAUUGGUAGCCCUCUAUAUAAACCCCAAUAAUACUUACAGAUUCCCAUACGAAGCAACUAACUUUGAAUAGUUCUAUUUCUGUCCAUCAUUCUGUUCCUUCGCCAAAAAAAAAAAAGCCAACUCUCCCUUUUUGGGCAAAUUAAGCUCAUCUUCUGUGCACCAUCACCCGAAAAACAAGCCAUCCCAAGAUGGAUUUUUUGAAGAAAUUUACUGACUCGGCCACCCCCCAAACCAAGGCUGAAACUACUGACAAAUCAGCCCCAGCAUCCGAAGAAAACAGCAGUCUGCUUUCAAGUGCUAAGGUGGUGGCUGAUGCAGCAAGAUCCACCGUUCAGAAUGAACCUGCAGAGAAAAAACAUGAUAAUGCUGAGGUUGCUGGGGCAGCUGCUGAUCUUCUUGAUGCUGCCCAAAAUUAUGGGAAGCUUGACAAGACUGGUGGAGUUGGAAGCUACGUUGACAAAGCUGGGAAUUAUCUUCAUGAAUAUGAAACUUCUCAUUCUACAAAGCCAAAAGCUUCUGAACAACCUAAACCCUCAUCUGAGAAAGAAGAAGAGCCGGUUGAAUCAGCCAAGCCCACUUCUGACGAGCCUAAGGCUGAGAAACUAGAAGAAGAGCCUAAAGCUACACCUGAGAAAGAAGAAACUAAAGAGCCAGUUACUUCUGAAGAGCCUAAGCCUACAGCUGAGAAAGAAGAAGUUGAAGAGCCGGCUAGUGAAUCAGCUCCCGCGCGCACUACUACUGAAGAGCCUAAAAAGGAAGAAGAGCCGAGUGAGUCAGCAAAGCCCACCACUGAUUCAGAGGAGAAGACGGGUGGGUUAGGAGACUAUGCUAAGGCUGCUGGGGGAUUCUUGAAGAAAGAGGGAGAAUCAGCUGAAGGUGAGAAAGGAGAAUCUGGAGGGAUUGGGCAGUAUGCUAAAUUGGCUGAGGGAUACUUGAGCAAACCAUCUGAUUCUGAAGGCAGCAAAACUGAUGGAGGAGAUUUACUGAAGAUGGCUGGAGGUUUCUUGGGGAAAAACUGAUGAUUUCAGCCAGUUAUAUAUCACCUGAUCAAAGCCAUCUGUUUAUAGUAGCAAGCAUGCCAGCUUUUGUCCUUGGAUUUUUAUCUUUCAAGUUUGAUGGUGGUGUCAUAUAUGUUUAUAAUGUGUGCGUGUUUUUCUUUGCAAUUCUCAUGAGUGUAUUGAAACCAAAGUAAAAUCAAUUGGUGUGAUGUGUAAUGUAUGUGUGUAAAUGCGAUUUGUGAAGCAGAUGGCCUCCUGUUGUAAUUGUUUUACUAAAUUUGUAGUAUUUUCCAUGCAUCUUCCAGAUU